GAAAGUAAAAAAUGGUGGCUAGAUACAGAGAUACGUAAAUAACAGCUCUUAUCUCCCAAGGUAAUUUCCCCGGGAAAAUACAACACACCGUGUUGGCCCAGUGUCACUACGUGUCCCAUGAGAAUCAGUAGGUUAAGGGAACUAUACAACAGUCGCAUUAGAAAAGCUCGAUCACAGCAUGGAAGAAGAUGUUGGUGUCUUCCGACUGCAACUAGAAGAGCUCUUCGGGCCUGAUAGUUCCAGGUCCAUGAACUUCCAUCAAGACAAUGCGGCAGACUUGAGACGAGCCAUGCACGAAAUCUUCGGGUUGGAGAGUGACGAGACUCUUUCCGAAGAUGAUGUCAUGCUGAGGACACUGCAGCAGCAGGAAAUGGACGAGCUCUUGAGCUUGGAGGCGGCAAUACGUCUUCAGGAUGAAAUGGAAAGGCCCAGGAGGAGAACACCUCACUCUCUGUUUGAUGCUUUCAGAUUCGUGCCGCCCGUGCUGAGUGGGCGCCGUUCAACAGAUGACUGGCUUGAGCGACAGCUGGAGGAGACGAGCAGAGAGGAAGCCCAAAGGCGAAGACUGCAGCGUCAAGAAGAGGAAGCCAGGCGAAGGCGAGAAGAACAUGCUGCCCGCAUUCGGGAAGAGAGUUCACGGACCCGAAGACAUGGUCAAGAUUUUGCGAUGAAUUUUUUCGGCUUUUUUAUAAAUAGAAUGAUGAGCCAUAUUAUGCCCCCUCCAAGUCUGACGAGGUCACAACUAGAUGACCUCCCCACGACAGUGCAUAAAGAAAACUCUUGCAAUGCGGAGGCUGCGGCGUCUUCAGAUGUUCGUUGCUCCAUUUGUCUGGCGGAUUUCAUAGAUGGGGACCAGAAACGUGUGCUGCCCUGUGCUCACAAUUUUCAUUUAAAAUGUGCUGACAAGUGGUUAGGGAUGAACCCGACCUGUCCUGUGUGCCGAAGUAAAGUUCAACCUUGACAGUGACUUCACUUGUGCCAACACUCUUGUCCUUCGAAGCAUUGAAGCAUUUACAAAACCAAUGUGUUCUUCUCAUGACUCUUUUAACUGUAGUCAUUAGCAUAAUUUAUAUUUUGUUCCUUUUGUAAAAUCUUUUGAUUUCCUAGAGAUUUCAUUUAUUUUGCACAGCUAACAUCAACUCACUCUGUCUUUCUGUCUAUCUGUCUGGCUUACUGUCUGUCCGUCUGUCUGGUAAAAAGUUCAAACAUGUUUUAUGUUUUUUUCUCCCAUUUCCCAUUCUCGGACCAAGUUGAAACUUAAAUGAAUUAUGCAUUGAAUCUGAAUGAACAUGAAACAAUAAAAAAAAAAACAUUUAUUUAAUUAGUUA